AUGGACAUCUCGAGCAUCCAGGCGCAGGAGGAGCGCGACGGCGUGCGGCUGUCGUGGAACGUGUGGCCGAGCAGCCGCCUCGAGGCGACGCGCAUCGUCAUCCCCAUCGGCGCCCUCUACACGCCCCUGAAGCCCAUCGGGAACCCGCCCCCGCUCAUCUACGACCCCAUCCGCUGCAACGGGUGCGGCGCGCUGCUCAACCCCUACUGCCAGGUCGACUACCGGACGAAGCUCUGGACCUGCCCCUUCUGCCUCGGGCGGAACCACUUCCCGCCGCACUACGCCGAGAACAUCACGGAGACGAACCUGCCGGCGGAGCUCAUCCCCCAGUUCACGACCGUCGAGUACGAGCUGCAGGCGCGGGGCGCGGGCCCGCCCGUCUUCCUCUUCGUGCUCGACACGUGCCUCCCCGAGUCCGAGCUGGAUAGUCUGAAGGACUCGAUCCAGCAGACGCUGAACCUGCUGCCGGAGAACGCGCUCGUGGGCUUGAUCACCUUCGGCGCGCACGUGCUCGUGCACGAGAUCGGCUUCGGCGAGUGCCACAAGUCCGUCGCGUUCCGCGGCGCCAAGGACUACACGACGCAGCGCGUCCAGGAACUGUUGAACGUGUCCGGCGCGGCGCGCGGCGGCCAGGGCGCGGCCCAGCCCCAGGGCCAGCAGCAGCAGGCCGCGGGCGGCCGCGAGCCGGCGAUCGGCCGCUACCUGAUGACCGUCGGCGACUGCUCCUUCACCGUCGAGUCCAUCCUGGAGGACCUGCAGAAGGACCCCUGGCCCGUGCCGGGGGACCAGCGGUCCGCGCGGUGCACGGGCGCGGCGCUGGCCGUGGCCGUGGGCCUGCUCGAGGCGUCCGCGCCGCGGCAGGGCGCGCGCGUCAUGCUCUUCGUGGGAGGCCCGUCGACGGUGGGCCCGGGCAUGGUCGUCGACAAGGCGCGGUCCGAGGACAUGCGGUCCCACCAGGAUAUCGUGAAGGGCAACUGCCCCCACCUCAAGGCGGCGACGAAGUUCUACGGCGGGCUGGCGGAUCGCGCGUCGGCGAACGGGCACGUCGUCGACUGCUUCGCGUGCUCCCUGGACCAGGUGGGGUUGCACGAGAUGCGCACGCUCAUCGACAAGACGGGCGGCGUGUCCAUCCUCGGCGACUCCUUCACGCAGAGCGUCUUCAAGGAGAGCCUGCGGCGCGUCUUCCGGCGCCACGCGGCCGACGCGCCGGGGCCCAACGCGGGCGCUUUAGUCAUGGGCUUCGGCGCGACCCUCGAGAUCAUCACGUCCCGCGAGUUCAAGAUCGCCGGCGCCAUCGGGCCCUGCGCGUCCCUCAAGAAGGGCAAGAGCCCCUACGUCGCGGACACGGAAAUCGGCCAGGGCGGCACGAACGCGUGGACGAUCGGCGGCAUCGACCCGACGACGACGGUGGCCGUCUACUUCGAGAUCACGAACGCGGGCAACCAGCCCAUGCCCGCCCACAAGCGGCGCUACGCCCAGUUCAUCACGCAGUACCAGCACGCGAACGGCCGCUACCGCCUCCGGUCGACGACGCUCUGCGGCGCGUGGCAGCCCGACCCCAACGACUCGGCGCCCGUCGCGCGGUCCUUCGACCAGGAGGCGGCGGCCGUGCUCAUGGCGCGCGUCGCCGUGCACCGCACGGAGACGGAGGAGGUGCCGGACAUAUUGCGGUGGGUCGACCGGUCGCUCAUCCGUUUGUGCGCGAAAUUCGCGGACUACCGCAAGGACGACCCGUCGUCCUUCCGGCUGCCCCACGAGUUCGCCGUCUAUCCCCAGUUCGUCUUCAACCUGCGCCGGUCCCAGUUCCUCCAGCUCUUCAACUCGUCGCCCGACGAGGCGUCGUACUAUCGGAUGGUGCUCACGCGCGAGAACGCGUCGAACUCGCUGGUCAUGAUCCAGCCGACGCUCAUGUCCUACUCCUUCCAGGCGCCGCCCCAGCCGGCCAUGCUCGACGCGUCGAGCGUGCGGCCCGACGUCAUCCUCCUCCUCGACACGUUCUUCUACGUCAUCGUCUUCCACGGAGAGACGAUCGCCGCGUGGCGCGACCAGGGCUACCAGGACCACGAGGAGCACGUCCACUUCAAGAACCUGCUCCACCAGCCCCUCGAGGACGCCAACGCCAUCAUGGACGCGCGCUUCCCCGUGCCGCGCUACAUCAUCGCGGACCAGCACAAGUCCGAGGCCCGCUUCCUCAUCUGCAAGCUGAACCCGUCCGUGACCCACAACUCCACGGACAUCCACGCGGGCCAGGUCAUCCCCACCGACGACGUCUCCCUCAAGGUCUUCAUGGAGCACCUCAUGAAGCUCUCCGUCGAGAGCUAG